UCAGAUGGAGCAGUCGAGUCAAGUGCACAAGACUUAUCUGAAGACACGAUCUGGACGAAAGACUUUGACCAUGGAACAACUUGCAUCUGAAAUUCUUGCAACCAUCGAAAGGCUGGGGGAGAACUUAUUGGAGCAUCCUCUGAGUUUAACAGAUUUGGACCGGAUGAGCGACGGUGCAACAAUGUCUGCAAGCAGGGAAACGUUCAUUUUGGCUGAGCUGAUUGAAACGGAAAAGGCUUACGUGCGAGACCUGCGAAAGUGCAUUGAUACUUACAUGAGGGAGAUGUUGACCCAAGAGGAGGAGAUCCCUGCAGGACUCAACAAUAUGGAGGACGUCAUCUUCGGGAACUUGUUGGAGCUGUAUGAAUUCCAUCAUAAGAUCUUCCUCAAGGAACUGGAAAAACAUGAGAGCGUCCCUGAAGAUGUCGGACGUUGCUUUGUCAAAUGGGCUGAGAAGUUCCAGUUAUAUGUGGACUACGGCAAGAACAGUGACAAGUCCACUCGGCUCAUCCUGGAGCAUACUGUCAACUAUUUUAAUAAAAUUCAGCGGAAGCACGGACUAGCAUUCUCGUUACAAUCUUUCCUGCUUAAGCCAAUACAGAGAAUGACAAAAUAUCCGCUCCUGUUAAAGAAUCUCCUCGAGUGCUGUGAAGAUGGGAAAGGAGUACUCAAGGAAGCCCUGGAGGUGACUCUCAGUAUUCUGAAGAGAGCCAACGAUGCCAUUCAUUUCUCCGUUCUGGAAGGUUUUGAUGAGGGCGUUGAAUCCCAAGGGGGAAGAAUACACAACUCUUUCUCCUGAAAAAUUCCUUGCUGGUCUGCAAGGUGGUCAAGGAUCAGAAAGGCAUGACGAAAUACAUUUACAAGAGAAAACUCAACCUAGCUGAUGUAAAGCUGACAGAAAACCCUAAGGGAGACCCUGGCAAGUUUGUUCUUUGGGUGGGCCGUAACUUGAUGUAUAGCAAAAGAAUUGUUCUUAAGGCGUCAACUGUUCAAACCAAGCUGGACUGGAUCGAGCAUGUCCGGAAGCUAAACAAGGAGCACACAGUCCACCUGCCGGGGACGCUCAAACAGCCGAUCGGUAUUCCUAAAGCCAUCACAGCAAAGCUCUACAAGAGGCAAAGGUGCAGGGCGUGAACUACAGUGGCUUCGAUGAUUCCAUCAAAGUGGCUCGGCGUCCUUUUUGUUGUUGUUUUUUGCAACAUUUGUGAAUAUAAUUUCUUGUACAUAUUGUAUAUAGUUAUGUAUUUGAUCAAAUAAAAUUUCAGCG